UGCAUAUGCGAAGUAUAUUUUUGCCACCAUCUCCCACUGCAAUUGACGGCUUGGCAGGCCAGCGAGCUGACAUUGCCGGAACGGGCAGUUUGAUUGUCCCAUACAUACUUUAUGUAUGUAGCACCUCAUGGCUGGCAUGAUUCGGGCGCUCUUGAUUUGCAUCAACCACGCGCUCUGUGCAAUCCUUCCACCGCCCACCCUUCCAUCUCCACCAACAGUUGUUCGUGCCGGCCGUGGCGCGCGAACCCGGGGAAUUCUUUGUUUGGCGACGACCAUGGGAGGGCUGAUCAGAGUUCUAACCGCCUCCACACCUGAAACAUGACAUGGUCGCCCCGCGGCCAAUCGUUUAACGACCGAGUCGCGACGUUCAAACUUGCGACCACUCACUCGACCCUGCUGGCACUAUUGAUCUGCACCCGCAGCCUUUGACAAACACGCUGGUCCACUCGUGCAUGCCCUUACUGCAGGGGUUCAUUACCCAUCGUGCUGCCUGUUCUUUUAGAAGCCGCCUUUGCUGCGUUUCAUCCACAUAAAAAGCCCUGUAGUGCAAGCCCACGAUGGAAUCAUCUGGGCCACUCGUGCAGCCCAAAUUCAGGCAUGCAAGCCCACGGAGCCGCCAAACACCCAUCUGUGUCUCCUCUUACCAUGUAGACCCACUUUCACGCCUGACAAUACAACUCUACUUCACCCCCCCCCAAUCUGCCGCAACGGCGUGGCAUCCCUUUCCUUCUCCCCUUUCAACACCAACUCAAUUUUUACUUUCUGCAACACCAACUUUCAAUCCACACCCUUUACGUGAACAUUCUCUCUCUCUCUAUCAAACUUUAUCGCAAAACCUCCAAAUACACCAUCAACCAUUGAUACUUGUCCAACAUGGCUCUCCUUUCAGCAGAACACCUGGCCGGCCCAGGCUACAUAAUCCUCAAUGUCAUCCGGGCCUUGAACAUAAUAGCCCUCUGCUCCGUCAUUGCCAGCAGCGUCGUCAUGUUGGUCAAGACCUUCAUCGUGUCCAAAUUCUUCUUCUUCGAUGCUACCAGCCAUGUCGUUACCGGAUUCGUUGGCAUGUUUCUCGUCAUCUCCGAAUGCUCUCUCUUCCGUGGAUGGUUUGCGAAGAAUUGGCCUAUGUUGAGUCCUAGCCAUGGCUUCGUCUUCCUAGGUGUCAGCAUGAUGGUCCUUGGUCUCAACAUGCUGGGCAACAUGAACAAGGAAGCAACCAGCCAGGACUCUUUGGGCAUGCCAUUCUGGCGGCUUCUGGUCGCCUCGGGCUGCUUGGCUAUUGUCAUCGGUUUCUUCAACGUCGUCUCGAGCUUCGUGUUCCGUGAUACUUCUCGCCACAUCACGGCACGCCGCGUCCGCUCUCACGGUGCUAUAUCCCUGACUUCCUACCCGGAUGACAUCGAGUCUCAAUCUCUCUACGAUACCAAACACAAGCCCUUCAGCCUCAGCUCGCAACACACGGGCAGCGCCAGCUCUCGUAUCGGAGGAACUCCACCAUACCCAGCUUCCCGCAUCGGCACUCCCCCCAUCGACAUGGGCUCCCCCUCUCAAUCAUUCACUUCGCCCAAACCCGGCUCCACCCAUGAGAAGAACAACAACACCUUCUCCCAGUUCGACUUCAACCCGAUCCACGCUUUCCGCAACGCCCGCCAGUCGUUCCUCCCUCCUUCGUACCACUCUCCCUCUACUACGAACAACGAUAACAACAAGCGUGCCUCUUCCCUGUACUCUCGCUCUACGUCCGGUCAGACGAAACGCAGCUUCUGGCUCAAGCGCCGCGAGCGUGACAGUGUCGACACCGUGCCUCAUGUCCCUGAGAUCUCAAUGCCUUUGAACUCGAACCCACAAUUUGCCUACUUGACUAAGCCGAGUCUGGCGCACCACCCUAGCGUGAGGAGCCGUGAGCAGGACUUUGCCGAUAAUAAGUUCUAA